UCGCACAAUACAUUACAACAGCUUGUAAAUAAUAAACCGUUAUAGGAAGAAGUCGUUCCAAAAAAAAAAAAAAUUGAUGUUCGAAAUUUAAAUAUUUUCUACAUUCAUUUUUAAAUAUAAAAAUGAAGUGUGAAAUUCCAGAAUUUGCAAGAUGUUGUUUUUGCUUUCCCCUCAGACUUGGAUUACUUGUGUGGACUUAUGUGAAAUUAAUAUUCAUCUUACUACUUUUGGUCGACCUCAUAUUUCUUGUAGUAACACACCUUACGCACUUUUACUACGACUUUGGGGUGAAUUUCAUAGUCAUAAGCUCAAUCCUAUUUUCGAUUUUUUUAUGUGUAGAUUUUGCUUUUCACAUAAUAUUAAUCGUCAGUGCUCAUACGAAAGAAUAUAGAAAAAUGAAGUGGUUCUAUAAAGAAGCAAUGGUUGCUUUGUGUUUAUAUAUAUUUGGUUUAUUCUGUUUCACCGUCUACGUGGUAUAUGACUUCAAUUUUUCCCUCAAGUACAUUACCUUCAUCGUGUAUAUCCUGUUGUUUAUUUGGUCGAUAUUCUUCUGGGUCACAAUUAGUCAGGCGUAUCUAAUAAUGCUGGUUCGAAGCGAGGCUCUGAAGCUAGAAAGGAGUACGAAUUUCGAGUUCACAAAUCGUGCAGUGGACGCUGAGGACGCAAUUUAUAACAACGAUAUUGUAGCUUAAUAUAUCUGUUUCUUUGUUACCUCAUCACGACUAAACCACAGACCGCAAUUAUCUGAUAAAGGUACUCUGAGAUAAGUUCAAAUGCUGUGGUUCAUGGGAUUUUAAGAAAAAAAUUGAUUUGAAUGGAGUACAAAAAGUUAAUAUUAAUAGUAGUUUUAGAAAAGUUUGGAUUGCUACCGCUUUCUCAUUAUUACCAUUGCCAGAGCUGACGUUAGAUCAAGAUAAUCUUAAACGGGGAUUGCGGGCUCAAACCUAAUCAAGCACUAUUUGAUUUUCAUUUAUCAUCAAAUUACUUUAUGUUUCUAAUUCUUCUCGUACUUGGCGAAGAAGAGAUGCAUAUAUAUUUGGGGAAACCUGGAUUCCACCAAAUAUUUCUCGAAAACCCUAAAAGGAAAAAUAAAUGGUGUAGUCCAGCAUCGGGAGAUGAACAAGUUGGUAAAGACUUUUAAGGUCAACUUAAUUACGACAAACCAGAAUACAUGGUGCUUUGGCUGGAAAUAUGGAAAUCCUAUAGCUUGCAUCAUAUUAAUAAUAUGACAAAUGCUUUUUACUUUACACCUUUGAAAGGUCAUGCAAAAACAAAUGAUUAACGAUAAGUUGACAUGGUGGCUUUUUCAUUCAGCCAACUCGAUACAAACAUGGCGAUAUAUCGUUCAAAAUAUUAGUGUUUUGUUUGAAAUAUAAAAUAAAAAAAUUCACUUAAGAAUAUUGUUAUAUAAUAAUAAUUAAAAAGAAAAAAAAAUUUGGAGUUUGUCAUAAGUACGACAAAGCUCGUAAAUUAAAAAUAAAAUUACAAUAACGAUGGA